AUGGAUCAAGUUUCGGAUCAAUAUGAAGGGAUCAGUCAAGAAGAAUUUGAGGACGAAGAAAAUCAUUCCGAAGAUGGUGUAUUACAACAGGAAGGCGUUAGGGAUCAACACUAUACUUUCAAAGAAAGAAGGCUGGGCAUUAUUGAUAACAUAGCUCACUUUGGCAUUGACAUCAAGAAAUUGGGAUGCUUUGCUGUCAUACCUUAUGCUGUGCAGGGUGCCAUGGGUUUUGUUGUCGGCACGAUUGGUGAUCAUAUGAUUCAUAAAGUUAGGAGGAUCGCCCAAUCAAUCAAUUGGAAGUCUUGGGGUCGCUACUUUCCUUUUAUUGGUUGCGCGUCAUCUCCAUUUGAGGGAAUAAUCUUAAAUCAGUUUGAUAUCGCCCCUAAAUAUGCAGGUAUCAUCUACGGUCAACACUUUAGGUGUGAUCCCUGUAUUUUUGGCGUGGCAUUAACUGGUUGGAUUCUGGACGUAGCAGGAAGAAAUUGGAAUAUUAGGAUAUUUGUGGCUUCUUUAUAUUUUAGUUCGGCAUUAAUUCUUGUUGGCUUGGGCUGGUGGUGA